AUGAUCGUUGAGCCGGACCACAUGAGGGAGAGUCCGAGGUGCUUGUCGCGCGAAUCAUCUGGUGCGCCGCGAUGUCCCUCAAACGACUCCGUGUACUCGGGUCGGAGUGCGCCCAGCCUCCCCCUCCCCGCCGCCCUCUCUGCCGCCCUCCCUGCUGCCUUGCCCGCUGCCCUGCUGCCCCCUCACUCGGCAGCCGUUGCAGCAUACCUUGGUGCGGCAGCUGCAGCCGCGCAACAACGCCUCCUAAUGUCGUGCCACGAGGACCUGGCUGACGCCGAACGAUCCGAUGCAGUCCUGGACUUCAGUACAAAACGCAGUGAGUCACCCCCCGAUGAUGACGAUAUUGACGCAGAUGAUGCUGUCAAUCUUAGCAAAAAUGAAAACUGUCCUUUAGACUUGUCAGUUGGUACUAGGAAAAGAGGACCUGAAAAUUCUCCCUCUCCUGUUCCGACUAGAAAAAGUUCUAGGUCGACUGACUUUAAACCUCUUACUACACCAUGGACGACACCCGUUGCCCCACAUCUGCCAUACUUUGCUGCAGCAGUGGCAGCUGCUAGCUUGUCUCCUAAAGGAAGCUUAUCUAGUGAUUGGAACGGAAAAUUGAAGCAUGGUGCACCUACACCUAGCGACGCAACAAAAGCUCUAGAAAAAAUGAGUGAAUUAAGUAGAUUAGGAGGCGAAGAACUCUUUAGAUCGGUUCAAAGCGCAGCUUUGGGGGCUGGGUUGACGCCGAACGCCGCGGCUAGACAUUCAGCAUGGCAAUCUCAUUGGUUAAACAAAGGUGCGGACCAAACCAAAGACGUUUUGAAAUGUGUUUGGUGCAAGAAAAGUUUUAAUUCAUUAGCUGAUCUAACUGUUCACAUGAAAGAAGCUAAGCAUUGUGGCGUAAACGUGCCUAUGCCUCCGACAUCAGGAGCUCAGAUGACACCGUCACUUCACCCGCCGUCUAGUUCGCCAUCGACGCCAUCACACAAUUCUUCAUCUUCCACUAGUUCAUCAAAACCUAAUCAUAAUGACCUAAAUAUGCUUAUUAAGGAAAAUAUGCCUAUACCCAGAAAGUUAGUUCGUGGACAAGAUGUAUGGUUAGGAAAGGGGGCUGAACAAACUAGACAAAUUUUGAAAUGUAUGUGGUGUGCUGAAAGCUUUCGAUCAUUAGCCGAAAUGACCAGUCAUAUGCAGCGUACUCAGCAUUAUACAAACAUAAUAUCGCAAGAGCAAAUAAUAUCGUGGAAAUCUUCUGAUGAAGCUAAAGGUUCAAAUUCAAGUACUCCGGGUACAAACAAUACUGUACCUCCUACUACGGGAACAAGUAGUCAUGUUAGUGCAGUUUUAACUUGUAAGGUAUGUGACCAAGCGUUUAGUUCUUUAAAAGAAUUGAGUAAUCAUAUGGUUAAAAAUUCGCAUUACAAAGAGCAUAUUAUGAGAUCUAUUACUGAGAGUGGAGGUAGAAGACGUCAAACACGUGAAAAGCGAAAAAAAUCUUUGCCGGUAAGAAAAUUACUUGAACUCGAAAGAGCACAGCAUGAAUUUAAAAACGGUGAAGGUAAUGGCGUUCCCAUGGGAAAGCCUAUUCGAGAUUUUGGCACUGGUAGUAGAAUUACUUGCGAAAAAUGCGGUGAUAAAAUAGAGACUGCACUAUUUGUAGAGCAUAUUAGACAAUGUAUAGGCGCGCCUAUGUCAAAUAGCCAAAGGAACUUUCUGAAAAGUGCGCUUCUUUCUAAUAAUAUUAUUCCUCCGGAUGUUCCUGGACACGUCACACCGACUAAUCGCGAUGGUAGGAAAAGCAUUAACGAUGAAAUUCCCUCACCUGGAUCCGGACACCACCGGUCGCCUUCUUCUAUGAAUGACUCAUCUCCAAGCUCCAAAGAUCCUAAUGCUAGUAACGAUAAAAGCUCAUCGCCUUCUGUUUUAAAUGCCAUUGAACAGUUGAUCGAAAAAAGUUUCGACACUCGAUCUCGACAUUCAGUACCUGGAAUGCCUGGUGGUACAUCCCAUGCACCAAUCGGUUCGAGCAUUUUAAAAAGACUAGGGAUAGAUGAAAGUGUCGAUUACACAAAACCACUAGUAGAUCAGCAAACAAUGAAUAUGCUCAGGAAUUACCACCAUCAACAAGGCUACGGUCGUCGUGAAAGAAGCGGCAGCGAGUCUAGCUCAAUGUCUGAACGCGGUGGGAGUAGAGUCGAAUCUCUCACUCCAGAUAGGAAGUUAGAUUCCUAUCACAUGACUCCCCGUACCACACCAGACACGCGAGGUUCACAGACACCAGCGUCUGAAGCAGACCGACAAUCCGAAGUAAGGAUUAAGAAAGAGGUAACAGACGAAGAUGAGUGCGAAAACGGUGUUGACUUAAGUAAUCAGCCUGUUAGGGUUAAAACUGAGGUUGACGACGAUGAAGAACAAGCGCGCCCAAACAGUUCAGUAGAGGAGGAUGUCAAACCAACUCUGCCAAAGCGUGAAAGUGAAGGCCCAAGUCCAGUUCCCAGCCCUCGCAGUCCUUCCAGUGACCGCUCCGCACCAACGCCGGGCUCUGAUAGAAAACCAGCUUCAAGCUUAGGUGCUUUAUCUUCAAUGUUCGAUAAUUUGGCUGGAGGUGGGUCAUCAACUGAACCUAGUUCUUCACGCCGAAGUGGCAGUCAUCCAUUAGCCGCUCUACAAAAGCUCUGUGACAAAACUGAAAAUAAUUCCAAUCGAGCGCCUCCACCCGCUCCGUCUCCGGCCGGCCCGCCCAGUAUCCUAACAUUCAGCUGGGCUUGCAAUGAUGCUGUCGUCACCGAUUCUAUUAUGAAGUGUGCCUUGUGCGACACUCCAUUCAUAUCCAAAGGUGCUUAUAGACACCAUCUGUCUAAAAUGCAUUUUGUUAAAGACGGUGCUUUGCCAGAGCCAGUGCCAAUGAAAGCCCCACCUCCGGCCGCUUCUCCCGGAACUCAUAAAAGUGGAGGAUCUAAUGCUGCUUCGCCUCAAGAUCCUCGCAGUCCAUCGCAAUCGUUUGAUGAGAGUCCACACUCGAAAUUUUUAAAGUAUACUGAAUUAGCAAAGCAAUUGUCCAGCAAGUACGUGUAA